UGAGGAGGAGGUUCUUUUCAUUAGCUGCAUAGAUGAUGAAAACCAAAAUCAACUGUAAAACUCCUGUAACUGAAGUAGGAGAGUUGAAUAGAUGUUUUGAGAAGUACUAGUUUAGCCUUUGCCAUUGUGGAAAGAGAUGUAAUUGCUAGAAGAGAGCCUGAAAUGGUAAAAUUAGCUAUAAAUGUAACUUGAUUUUUUUCCUUUCUGAUACUGGGAAGGAACAUGAGCUCUGCAGCGUCCAGUAGCAGCCUUUUCAAAGAAGCAAGUUUGGCUGAUUACAAAUAACCAGUUUGCUUAUUUAUCAUGAAUUGAGGAAGACACAAUGUCAGCUUGUCCAUGCGAUCGUGCCUGGAGCACUCUGGUUUCCAGGUGACAGACACGAUUCACGGUAUUUUUGAUAAAGCUGUGGAAUGGAAAGAGGUCCUGUAAUAAAGAGGGAUCCGAACAAGCUCAGAAAGAAAAUGAAUUUCAAGGGGCCGAGGCCAUGGUCCUGGAGAGCGUCAUGUUCGCCAUUCUCGCAGAGAGGUCGCUCGGGCCGAAGCUCUACGGGAUCUUUCCCCAAGGCCGCCUGGAGCAGUUCAUCCCGAGCCGGCGAUUAGACACUGAAGAAUUAAGUUUGCCGGAUAUUUCUGCAGAAAUCGCUGAGAAAAUGGCUACGUUUCAUGGUAUGAAAAUGCCAUUCAAUAAGGAACCAAAAUGGCUUUUUGGAACAAUGGAAAAAAAUCAAUUCCUGAACCAAGAAAGAAGACUAUUUGCAGAAAUGCUACUGAACAGGUACCUAAACCAAGUGCUGAGAAUUAAAUUAACUGGGGAGUCCAGAGUUAAGCAGCUCCACAAAUUCCUCAGUUACAAUCUGCCUUUGGAACUGGAAUACCUGAGGUCAUUGCUUGAAUCCACUCCAUCUCCGGUUGUAUUUUGUCAUAAUGACUGUCAAGAAGGUAAUAUCUUACUGCUGGAAGGGAGAGAGAAUUCUGAGAAACAGAAACUGAUGCUCAUCGACUUUGAAUACAGCAGUUAUAAUUACAGGGGGUUUGACAUUGGGAAUCAUUUCUGUGAAUGGGUGUACGAUUAUAGCUAUGAAAAGUACCCUUUUUUCAGAGCAAACAACCUGAAGUAUCCCACCAGGAAACAACAGCUCCAUUUUAUUUCCAAUUACUUGGCUGCAUUCCAUAAUGAAUUUGAAAACUUCAGUAAUGAGGAAAAGUCCAUUAUAGAAGAAGAAAUGUUGGUUGAAGUCAAUAGGUUUGCCCUUGCGUCCCAUUUCUUGUGGGGACUUUGGUCCAUCGUACAGGCCAAGAUUUCAUCCAUUGAAUUUGGGUACAUGGACUACGCCCAAGCACGGUUUGAUGCCUAUUUCGACCAGAAGAGGAAGCUCGGGGUGUGACUGUGGGAGGACCUGGUUCACUUAUCCCUGGCCUGCACGGGGGCGGCUGAGCCAGCGGCCCCUCUGUGCUCCGACUACUGUACCUGCGGCAGGAGGGCUUGGCUUCUCUCUGCCCAACACAGAUGUGUAUCAUACGAAAGACUGGAUUAAAAUUGAGUAACAU